AUGACGAAUUGGUAUAUACAUAUAUACGUAGAUCAAAUUUUCAACGCAAUGCAAAUAAACAACGGUCAAUAAACGCAGCUGAAACCGUGAAAAAUCGUAUUCCAGAAACAAGUCAUAAGUUUCUCCAGGCAAAUGAAUAUCGAGCCAUAUUUGGAAACCUUCAACUCGACCCUACAAUCCUUCGCCAUACAGUUGGAGAAUUUUGCUAGCGUUGCGUUGCAAGUGGCCGUAAACAUAAAAAGCGAAUUUGAGAGGAUAACGGGGGACUGGCAUAGUCCAAUAGAGUUCACCGACCUACAGGCGACGCUACUAAAGCUGUUGUUAUUGCUCUUACUUGGCACGGGAGUGCUCAUUGCCUGUUCUUGGUCCGUUUACGGAGAAGUAAUCACCGAGAAAUUCGUCAGACCUAGCACGCUAAAGGAAAUCGAGGAGCUUAAAUUGUCUGUGGCGAAGUUAAAAUUGCCAAAAGAACAUUCUCCAAGAAUAUAGUUGCACCAAAAUGUCAAAGAUAAAGCGUUUUUUCUCAAAAAAGAAGGAGGAGGCUGC